AUGGACCAUAGAGUUCUGUUUUGUUUCACUGUCGUUUUUGCUGGUUUCGUGCUGGCCUCCCGUAAACAAAAAGAAGAUAAACCCAAUGAAAACUAUUACGAUGAUUACUACGAUUAUAGAUAUGAUGAUAAAGUAUCAGACAAAGAAGAUGUAGUUAAAACGAUACCGAAUGACAUUAUCACAACAAGUACUUCAAAACCUGCGACAUAUGAAGUUACAGAGAUUGUAGUUGACAUACCAAGCCCAACCACUAAAAUCGGCCCUGUAAUCUAUAAUUACACUACACCUAGACCACUAAACAACGCAAGUGUAUCCGAUAAUAAUAAUAAAAACAACACUGAAAACCCAGUAAUUUCCAACAACAAUAAUAAACCUAAUUACGGUUUUAUUGAUGAAGCUAAUUAUAACAGUGAUAAAGAAUCUGCCGCUAAAGCAAAGAAAAGUUAUUUUAGUAUACUUCACAUUAAAGCCGAGUACGAUGACAAACCAAACAUUCCUUUAAACUCUGGCUUGUAUAAUAAUAUUUAUUAUAAGCCAGGAUUCAAAGAUUACAUACUUAAUAUAAAAAAGGGAAUUUUUAAUGGAUUAAACCGAUUAUUUAAUAGAAAACAUGGAUAUGAUGAGACACACGAACAUCGUACAGAAGAUGACAACGAAGCAGUUGUACAUAAGUUUUUCGCAAAAAGUUCAGAAAACUUCGAACCUGUAGUCAGGCAUGCAGAUGAUGAGAACGACGGGAUGACAGCAAUGUUUCGGCACGCUAUAGUGGUAAUACUGUGCUUACAUGCGUUUGAAGUUAUCGUGCUGGAAGCAGCCAAACAAAAUGUUCAACUUUCGGAUUCCUACUUACCGGUGGCGAUGCAAGUGAUAGCUCAUCUCACAGACCAGAUGGCAUUCGUCAUGCACGAGGAGUCCGAAGCUAAACCACCGAAACCGAGUACUAAGCCCCCAACUACGCCAAAACCUUUAGAUGAAACUACGCCUUUCCAUCAACCUGGAUAUUAUGCUCCAGCAUCGCCACCCAAGCCUUCAGAAAGAAUAUUGCAAAAACAACUGUCUCCACAAAAUAACCAACAAAACCUCACCCCACAACACCAACCAUACCCCACACCCCAGAACCAACAACAAAAUCAACAUCAAUACGCCACCUCACAAGUUCAGCAACAAUAUAACUACCCCUCACAACAGCAACUAUAUAACUUCCCUACACAGAACCAGCAACAGUACUAUUUCCCUUCACAGAACCAGCCACAAUACAACUUUCCCUCACAGUACCCGGAACAAUACAACAUCCUUCCACAGAACCAACAAACGUACAACUUCCAAGAAAACCAGAAUCAAAACGAAUUCUCACAGAAUCAGCAGGUGUUCAACGUUUCCUUACAAGACCAGUAUCUAAACAACGAAUAUCAACGUCAGUAUAACCUAUUCCAAAAUCAACAGCAAUAUAAUACUCCACAAAAUCAACAAUUCAACGUCAUGACAUUCGACUUACCUCAGUACAACCCACUACAACCUCAAAGCGGAUGGAACGAAGAGCCAUUACUGUCUGCCCAUCAUGAAGAAGUGAAGCCGCUAAUGGAACCUACUCCGAAUGCACCACAACUCUUACCUCCUCAUUUUGAAACCGACGUCGAUAAAAUUUCGAGUCGAUCUAAAGGCUUUGAUGUGCAUGAAUUGACAGAAGAAAACCUUCAAUACUUAUCACAUAACGUGAGGGAAAUGAUUAGAAUGGCUCAUGACCCGCAUGAUGAACGAUUGGUUGACGUCUGGGAAGGGCUAAGAGCACGUCCAUUGGAGCCGGCACCUAAAGGGAAGAUGUCAUCUUCGAACUUGAGAUUGCUACUUUUGUACGAUCUGCUAAGCAGGGAAGCGAAGAGACAGAGGCUGUCAGAUUAUAGUGGCUUCUCACCCGACGUAAUGAAGACCCUAGUGGAGUCAUCAAGUGGAGGCGCUAGAGAACAAUUAAAAAUGGCGUUAUCAAAGAUGGUGGAAAGAAAGGACUGCGCUCAUGAAUACGCCAACAACCGCGCCAAGGAGAUGGUGAUGGAGUUGGGAAAAGAUGAUUCCAAGCUCUCUUCUGAGAUCAGAUACCUUCAGCCCCUAGUUUAUAAGUACUAG